AUGCGCCGCCCUCGCGACGCCCCCAAACUCCGCCGCUUCUCCGAGAUCCGGAACCCGAAGCCCGAGCUCGACCUCCGCCGCGAGCUCCUCGACCUCAAUCUCAAGGGCAGCGAGGUGACGUGCUGGCUCGGCGAGUUUGACGAGCGAGACGAAUCCGACGAGACCGACGAGGAGGACUUCCGGUUCAACCACGACAUCCCGCUCCAGAGGUCCAUCUCGCUCGAUCGCGGCCUCGACAUCUUCGUCUACCUCCAGACGAUCGGCUCCGAAACCACCAGCAGCGCGACGUCCGGCUGGACCGUCAGCUCCCGGGGCAACUCGGAGCUCCGCCUCGAGCAGUACAGAAGCUUCGAGGAUAUACCCGCUUCUCCGGUAGUGAAAAGCAGGCACAUAUCCAUAGACGUCACCAAUUCCAAGAACGUGGCGCUGUCGGUACUCAGGGAGAGCUACGCCGGUAUAGAGGAGAGCGGCGUUUCGCCGCAGAUCAAGAAGUUGCAGAAGACGUUCUCCUUCAAAAAUUUCGCAGAUUACAAGAUGUCGGCGAGAAAUUCUGUCGAGAAUCUGAUUGAGAAGGAGGACGAGGUCGAGACGGUCGCCCGGACCCCGACGUACAGGGAUAUCAACUUCGGAUGUAACGACGACGACACAGAGAGGAGUCCGCGGCAGCGGAGAGUGGGCGUCACCACAAACGAGUGGCAGGAGAAAGUCGAUUUGAGGAAGGACGUGCUCAAACACAGCCUCGUUAGCUUCAAGAGUUGCAACGAUCUAUUGGCCCCAAAACAGGCCCCAACCGAUACGGGCCGCUCGCACGAUUUGAAGGAGACGCUAAGGAGGAGCAGGAGCGGAGACGUGCUGAACAAUUUGCGUAAACUAAGAAGGACUCUAUCGGAGCAACCCCAAACGAACGAACAAACCAUACCCGAAAUAGUUGUAAUAGACACCGACGAUAUUAAGGAGAAUAGUGACCCACCCACUGACACUUCCAAUCUAGAUGUAGUGAGUUGUAGCUGUCAAAUUUGUAUGGAAGGUGAGGAGAAAAAAGACAACGGCUCCUUCCUCCGAAGAAUAUUCUUAAGGAUAGUGACGUACAAGGACUUGGGCAAAUCAAUCGCUUCCGAUGAAAGGAGUGACGUUAAGGAUCGGGAAAUGUACCACUGUAUAAUCAAUCUUCUAAGAUGGUUGCUAGGUCUCUGGUUACGUCACUUAGACCACAAACAAAACAUAUGUGCUUCUUAACAUUGUAUUUAGUAUAGGACUACGCUAGGUAUUUAUUGUAUUUUUAAGUACUCAGAUGUUUACACUGUGACCAUAUUAUAUCAUUCUUCCGAAUGUUAGAAGUAGUUUUAUAACCAAACUUUACUAUCAUGUACUUUUCUUUUAUACUGUGAUUUCCUUAAAACAUCUUCAUAAAAAGUAAGAUCAUUUUUAUACUCUAACACUAUCAAAAAUUCUUCAAAAUUAGUAGGCAGUCGCAAUUAAUUUUGUGGUUUAGAUACCUACAGUUAAAUCUACAUUAAAAUCAUUGUAUAGAUCGUUAAGAGAUAAAAUUGUUUUAUUAUGGUUGUGUAUAUUGAACCAACAACUUUUUUAAUGUUAUAAGAUGAUGCACCAUUUUUCAACUAAGUACAUUACCUCUUCGGGUCAUUACAUACUGGCGCAGAAUCGAAAAGCACUGAAUAAAAGAUUAGAGAACCUAAUAUAGCAUAUCCACUCUAAUGGACCACAACUUAAUGCACAUAUUCCUUUGAUAAAAAGCGUUGGUAACAUGAAUUGGCCCAUACAGUGCUUCUACAAGGUGCUAAGUUUUGCAUGUCAGGUUCAAUAUACCAUGUCAACGGAUGUGUGGGUGUAUGGCUGUGUACGUUUUGUAUAAGUUGUGUUGUAGUGUAGGGUAACAUGUAACCAUGUGUGUGUUAGAUAAGGGUGGCUAUACAUAUUUUAUUUUCAGUGAUAUUUUAAUUUACAAUUAUAUUUAUUGGAUAUUUGAAUUAUUUUUAUUUCAUCACAAAGUCGACUAUAUUGGGAAUGUGUAGUACUAGUGAGGUAAGCCUUCCUACUAUUUGAACUGCAUGUCGAGCAAGUGUAGAUUGGGUUGGUAAAGUUGGCAACAUUGAGAAUUUGACGUUUCCAAAUUUCUUAGAUUUUGCAUGUUCGAAUUUUAAAACUCUGAUUUCAAAUAAAGUAAAUCGAUCUUUGCAGGUGGC